UUGAGCAACCGGUGGCGAACACUGAGCUCGACGGCGCAGCAACCAACUGUUGAAGCUCUGUCACAGCAGUCCCCGUCAACGCUGGUCACUCGCACUCACGCCCCUUCCGGUCCGCUUAUCGCUGCUCCCGCCUCGAAGCCACGCUCGCCCGCCUCCGCCCAGGGAAAAAAAAACCUUUGUUCGUUCAAGGAAAUAGUUUUGUGCCGUGGCAGCCGCAGCGUCGUCGGCGGGAAUUUUAGCCACCAUGGGAAGGUUGUCCUCCUCCCACGGCCACGUUAUGGUCCUCGUGGCGGUGCUGGGGGCUGUCAUGGCCUCCGCCUCCGCUAUUGAUAUCAGUCACCUAGAAGGCCAUCGGCAGUACACCAAGAGAUCAGCUUACGGCUACGGUUACAACCCACGGGAGGACUACAGGCACGAACAACGAGAGAGAGAGUGCGCUGCCUAUGAACCCUUCCGGUGUCCAGGUGGAAACGUGUGUAUCUCAAUCCAGUACCUAUGUGACGGCGCCCCUGACUGCCCUGAUGGUUACGACGAGAACCUCCGGCUGUGUACUGCAGAAGAACAAUUUAUGCGGAAGGAAAUUUUACAAGGAGUCAUUCCCCAGAACAAUUUAAGAAAAGGAACAUUAGGCGUGGGUGUUCAUUUGGGGUCUCAGAUCUUUUCCAGUAGGAGACCGAUUGUCUUCGCCAGAAUGCUGGUAAAGAAUUCGGAAACACAAGUAAUCACUGUAAAUAAACAUUACACUUGGAACGAGCACUGUGACAACAGAACUGUUAAAUUUGCCGUUAGAUGGCAGUGCAUGCGCUAG